AUGGCUGCUCUUCUUCAGGAGUCUGUUAGCGAGGACGAUAGCUCUAUACGCCCUGAUCUUAGUGCUCUUCUUCAGGAGUCUGUUAGCGAGGACGAUAGCUCUAUAAAUCUUGAUCUUAGUGCUCUUCUUCAGGAGUCUGUUAGCGAGGACGAUAGCUCUAUACACCCUGAUCUUAGUGCUCUUCUUCGGGAGUCUGUUAGCGAGGACGAUAGCUCUAUACACCCUGAUCUUAGUGCUCUUCUUCAGGAGUCUGUUAGCGAGGAUGAUAGCUCUAUACACCCUGAUCUUAGUGCUCUUCUUCAGGAGUCUGUUAGCGAGGAUGAUAGCUCUAUACACCCUGAUCUUAGUGCUCUUCUUCAGGAGUCUGUUAGCGAGGACGAUAGCUCUAUACGCCCUGAUCUUAGUGCUCUUCUUCAGGAGUCUGUUAGCGAGGACGAUAGCUCUAUACACCCUGAUCUUAGUGCUCUUCUUCAGGAGUCUGUUAGCGAGGACGAUAGCUCUAUACACCCUGAUCUUAGUGCUCUUCUUCAGGAGUCUGUUAGCGAGGACGAUAGCUCUAUACAUCUUGAUCUUAGUGCUCUUCUUCAGGAGUCUGAGUCUGUUAGCGAGGACGAUAGCUCUAUACACCCUGAUCUUAGUGCUCUUCAGGAGUCUGUUAGCGAGGAUGAUAGCUCUAUACACCCUGAUCUUAGUGCUCUUCUUCAGGAGUCUGUUAGCGAGGACGAUAGCUCUAUACGCCCUGAUCUUAGUGCUCUUCUUCAGGAUGCUCUUCUUCAGGAGUCUGUUAGCGAGGACGAUAGCUCUAUACACCCUGAUCUUAGUGCUCUUCUUCAGGAGUCUGUUAGCGAGGACGAUAGCUCUAUACACCCUGAUCUUAGUGCUCUUCUUCAGGGGUCUGUUUUACCACACAAGUUUGUACAGUCUGCCAAACGCAAUGCUCGCUCUUGCCACAUCAUUAUUCAGUCAUUAAAAUGUUUUCUUUUCUUUCUUGAAACAUUUUCCUUUCUUUCUUUUUCCUUUCUUUCUUUCUUUCUUUACUUCUUUCUUUGUAAUAUUUUCCUUUCUUUCUUUGUAAUAUUCUCCUUUAUUUAUUUCUUUACUUCUUUCUUUCUUUGUAAUAUUUUCCUUUCUUUUUUGAAACAUUUCCUUUCUUUCUUUUUUAUUCAUUCUUUCUUUGUAAUAUUUUCCUUUCAUUCUUUCUUUCUUUCUUUCCUCCUUUGUAAUAUUUUCAUUUCUUUCUUUCUUUUUUCUUUCUUUCUUUCCUUCUUUCUUUCUUUGAAAUAUUUUCCUUUCUUUCUUUCUUUCUUUCUUUCUUUCUUUGAAAUAUUUUCUUUCCUCUUUCUUUCUUUCUUUCUUUAUUUUCCUUUCUUUCUUUCUUUCCUUUUUCUUUCUUUCUUUCUUUUCUUUCUUUGA